AAAAUAGAUUGGGUAAUUUAAUUGGAAUCAGCUCGAUCGGGUUUAUUGCGGACUGAAACAAAUUGCAGAACUGUCUCUGGAAGCUUCUCCGUGUUCGCUAAUGGUUCACUCAAUAUCCAGGAGUUGAGCCAAAUGAUGAUAGUAACAAUCCUGGAACAGAUGGAAGUUAUGGAACAGAUGUUGAGACUCCUAACAUUGGGCAAGAAGCUACUCCCACAUUCGGAACUCGCAAGAGAAAAUGGACAUCAGAUUGUUGGGACCAUUACAAUACUUUCGAUGGUGAUGAAUUCGCUGAUAAGAGGCCAAGAGCUUACUGUAAGUAUUGUAAUAAAGGACCGAUCUUUGCCGACUCAAUGUAUGGUACUACUAAUUUUAGACGUCACACUGAAUCUUGUCAAGCUCGUGAUAAUUGUGAUACGCGUCAAAUGCUCUUAGAUAAAAAAGCUAAGACUGUUUUGAAAUACAAUCCUAUUGAGUACAAACAAAAGGUUGCUUUGGCUAUCAUUAGGCAUGGAUAUAGUUACACUUUUGCUGAGCAUGAAGGGAAUAGGGAUAUCCAUACAUAUUUAAAUGAAAAUUGUAAACCAAUAUGUCGAAAUACAGCUAAGAAUUGGACUAUUAAAAUUCAUCAAAAGGAGAGAAUACAAUUAAAAAAGGCAUUACAUGUUAUCCCUGGAAAGAUUUGCUUGACAUCGGAUAUGUGGUCCUCAGUUGUUGGUCAAGGAUACCUUUCUCUAACUGCUCAUUACAUAGAUGAGAAUUGGAAGUUGCACAACAAGAUACUUAAUUUCUGUCAUGUUCCUCCUCCUCAUAAUGCUCAAGUGUUACAUGAUACUAUUCUUGAUAAUCUGAAAAAAUGGGGAAUACAUAAGAAAAUAUUUUCCAUUACUUCUUCAAUUGGUUAGACAUUGGACUUCUUCAGAAGCUAGGAAAAUGAAAUUUGCUGAAUGUGUUUUUGGAGUUAGUGUGGAUUGUUCUAGAAGUCUUUUAUUGGAUUGUCCAACGAGGUGGAAUUCUACAUUCAUGAUGAUUCAAAGGGCUUUGGUAUACAAAGUUGUUUUCUCUAGGUUAGGAAGAUCGGAUACAUCAACUUCUACUUUAAUUGAGGAAGAAUGGUCUAGACUUGCGAAAAUUUGUGAUCUACUUCACACCACCAUCAACAUAACACUUACACAAUCGCAUUUCGAAAAUUGCAACCAUGAACACUAGUAAAUCAGCCAUAUCAAAAGAAUAAAAAGUACCGCCAGAUUAUUAAAGCAAUGGAUUUCAUUUUGGGCUUUAAAUUAAUUAAGAAAAUUAGCAUGAAUCAAGUGAGUAAAGUAGAUAAUAAUAAUAAUUAUUAUAACAAUAAAAAUAAUGAUGAUAUAUAAAAAAAUAAUAAAAAAAAACUAAAACUAAUACAGUAACUGUAAUACCCAAAAUCAGAACAACAACCCAUUUUCCCAAUUCCCAUUUCUUUCUCGUCAGUCGUCACCUUCACCUUCACUUCACCCAUUGCUUUGCAGAAAACUAAUACCCAAUUCGGCAAUUCUCAAUCAGAAACCCAUUGCUUUGCAGAAAAUUCGAGACCAACACAACAAGGCAACAAGUCAACAAGUAAACAAAUGAAAUUGGUACUUCAAAUUACCUUCUUGAGGAGUGGGAGAUGAUGAAGAAAAAAAGAAUUGUCCAAGAGGUGAUGGCGAACAACCUUUUCGUGGGAACGGAGGGCGGCGGUGGCUACUACUUGAAGCUCGACGUCUCAUAGAUUUAGGGCUGAGGUCGCCUGAGGCUGAGGACGAAGAAGAAGCGGCUGGAGACUGGAGACUGGAACUGAAGAAGCUUCUGAGGAUGAAGAAGAACUGAAGAAGCGGUUGUUAGAUUAAGGGUUUUUAAGAAUUUAUCACGCUUGCUUUUUCUCUUUUAAGUUUUAACUUUUAAGGGUUGAAACCCGACGGGUCCAACCCGACCCGACCCGUUUUUGUCCCACUUUUUGCGGGUUUAAAAAAGCGGGUUAAACAGGUCACUUUUUUUAAAAAUUUGUUCAAAACCCGCUUUUUGCGGGUCGGGAUUUUUGGGUUUGGCGGGUCGGGUUCAUAAUUGACAGUUCUAAUAUUAAUAUAUUAUCAUUGACGUAAAUUAUUUUUUCAAAAAAGUGAAAGACCCGUUGGGUCAACCCGAACCCGACAACAUAGGGUCUUAAACAAGGUAGUCAAAACCCGAAAUCGUAAUUUUUUAAACCUGUUCAACCCGAACCCGAAAAUAUUUUUAUACAACCCGACCCGUCCGACCUGUUUGACAGGUCUAGCGACAGGUGAUAAUGAGAAUUAUGGCAGUGGGUUAGUUGUUAGGUCGGGUAGAAAUUCUAGAAAGAAUAAGGGGUCUAAUAAUAGUAACGGUGCUAGGUCGGAUACUUGUAAUAGUAGAGAUGAGUCUAGCAACACUAAGACCAUAAUAUGUUAUCACUGUCAGGAACCAGGACAUUUUAGGUCUAAAUGUCCAGAAUUAAAGAAUAAAUCUCAUGCCACAGUAGUCGAAAGUAAACAGAACAAGAGCUAUGAUUCGGAGGAAGAUUUAGCAUUGAUUAGUUGUGUUGAGUCUAGUGAUUUUGUUGAUAGCUGGAUUCUUGAUUCUGGUAGUUCGUUCCAUAUGAGUCCUCGUCGGGAUUGGUUUGAUACUUAUGAGUCUUUUUUUGGGGCUUCAGUUACGAUUGCUAACGGAACUCCAUGUGAAGUAGUAGGUAUUGGUUCCAUGAGACUUCGGACUAGUGAUGGGAGAAGGGUUACUUUGACUAAGGUGAGGCAUGUUCCUGCAUUGGAGAAGAACUUGAUAUCGCUUGGGACCUUAGAUGAUUUGGGCCUCAAGGGUGAGUUUAGCAAUGGGGAAGUAAGUUUCUUUAAGGGUUCGGAUUUAAUACUUAAGGGUGUCAAGGUGAAAUCCCUGUAUGUCUUUCAGGGUGUUACGCUGCUUAGUUCUGCAGUUAGUGCUUUUAAUUGUCACGAGGAGAUGACAAUUUAUGAUAGGCAUGGUCAUAUGGGUGAAAGUAGAGGGCUAGAAUUGUCCAUUGAGAAUUGUCUUACAAGUGUCAAGGAUGCCUACCUUGAGGAAGACAAGCAUUGUGUGUUUGGGUUUAAACACGGGUGUGAGCUUAGCAUUAAAGCUCAUGAUCACUUGUAUGGUAAGAUGGUUAGUUGGCUACAUUUGGAUAGUUCGUUUUGUGGAUUUGUUAUGUUCUGUGUUUUAGGUAUUUUGUGGCAUCAUACCUUUGGGAUAACACCACUGCAGAACGGUGUUACAGGAAUAGCAAAUUGGACCUUGUUAGGGAGAGUCUUAUGCAUGCUCUCUUGUACUUGGUUGUUGAGUAGAUACUGGAUUAGUUUGUUCGAUCGGGGUUUUCACACGGGAUUAGAGGUGCCCAGUAUGUGUGUGGGGUGGCUCAGUAGGGUAUCGUGCUAUCUCAUAUUUGAAGUCUUGUUAGGGCUUUGGUGUGUUGUUGUGUAUUUUGCAGCAGCUGGUUAUGGUGAUAGUGGUACCGAGUUUGAGGUGGAGUAUGAGGUUAACUCCUCAUCCAUUUUUGUUCGACCCCAGAUUGAUGAUGUUGAUGCUACCCCAGGUAUCUGUCUGACUGUGAUUUCUGGUGCUAUCUUUAUCUCUGUGGAUAGUUUAAAGGAGUCAGUACAGGGAACAUUCCGCCAAUUUAAAGGGUUUCAAGAAAAGCCUAUAUGUGUUCUCGAGAAGUCUAAUAGGUUGGCUGAAGGGAGUGUUGUUUUGGUUGCUAUAAGUGUGGUAGGUUAUGCAUAA